CAAAUUCCCAUGGCUACCUUUGCCCCGGAACAACCCACCACACCAACUACAUACAACCUACAAAGCAACACAACUCGAUCAAAUCCAGACUCCGGAGCUUCAUCCCCCAUACGACACACUACAGUAGUAUUCCCGCGCCCACCCCUUCCCUCCCCAACCACACACUUUGUUUCCCCGGACAAAGAUGCCAGAAACACGGCGGUCUGCACCACCCCUCCCUUGUACUCGUCUCCUCGACCCAUGAUGAUGUGCAGUCGCAUUGCCCAAAGGCGUCACGAGAUGUGGGCAACCACGUGCCCCCAGUGUAAGGGCAACGCUCGAACCGGAAGCGCGCGGAUGCUGCGAGCCAUGCAAGCCUGGAGACCUUUGUGCCAGUACACCAGCGUCGUGCUCCUCGGGCUAAGCUUUUCUAGAAUCCCGCUUUACACGGCUUGCUGCGAGGCGACGAUUGUGACCGUUUGGCUGUGGGCCUUUUAUUUUUCGGGUCUUGUUGGAAGGUUGCGUAAGCUGGACGUGUGACGUCAGUUUGGGGUGGUUUCUUACACCCUCCCCCCCCCCCAGCUCGCAGCUUGCUUCUCCCGACACAUGGACAGGCAUGGUAUGCAUGCAUGUUGCACCUUUAUUC